UCCGCCCGCCCGGGGCAGGGUUAAAGUGGGAGGCCUCUGGCUUCGUCCCCUCCCGCUCAGUCCCGGUCCCCUCCCUCCUACCCACUCGGCGCCCGCAUCUCGGGCCGUCAGGACCGGGCCUCUCCUCGGAAGUGCCCAGAUGGCCUCUUUUUGGAAGUGCCAAGUCAGGACAUCAGGGCACAUGACGGCUGUCAAGAUGCUCCAGGGUUCUUUUUCUGUGUUCCUGCUUGGGGGGCUCUUGGGAGUCCUCCAUGCUCAGCAGCAGGAAGUCAUCUCUCCUGAGAUCUCCACCACCGACAGGAACAACAACUGUCCAGAGAAGGCCGACUGCCCUGUCAAUGUCUACUUCGUGUUGGAUACGUCGGAGAGCGUGGCCAUGCAGUCCCCCACAGACAGCCUGCUCUAUCAUAUGCAGCAGUUCGUACCGCAGUUCAUCAGCCAGCUGCAGAAUGAAUUCUACCUGGACCAGGUGGCCCUGAGCUGGCGUUAUGGUGGCCUGCACUUCUCGGACCAGGUGGAGGUGUUCAGCCCACCCGGCAGCGACCGGGCUUCCUUCACUAAGAGCCUCCAAGGCAUCCGCUCCUUCCGCAGGGGCACCUUUACUGACUGUGCCCUGGCUAACAUGACACAGCAGAUCCGGCAGCACGGAAGCCGAGGGGUGGUCCACUUUGCUGUGGUCAUCACCGACGGCCACGUCACAGGCAGUCCGUGUGGGGGCAUCAAAAUGCAGGCCGAGCGGGCCCGUGAGGAGGGCAUCCGGCUUUUUGCUGUGGCCCCGAACAGGAACCUAAACGAGCAAGGCCUGCGGGACAUCGCUAACACCCCUCAUGAGCUCUACCGCAACAACUACGCCACCAUGAGACCUGACUCUACUGAGAUUGACCAGGACACCAUCAACCGCAUCAUCAAGGUCAUGAAACAUGAAGCCUACGGAGAGUGCUACAAAGUGAGCUGCCUGGAGAUUCCUGGGCCCCAUGGACCCAAGGGCUACCGAGGACAGAAGGGUGCCAAGGGCAACAUGGGAGAGCCAGGAGAGCCUGGACAAAAGGGGCGACAGGGAGACCCUGGCAUCGAAGGCCCCAUCGGAUUCCCAGGACCCAAGGGUGUGCCUGGCUUCAAGGGAGAGAAGGGUGAAUUUGGAUCAGAUGGUCGGAAGGGAGCCCCCGGCCUAGCUGGCAAGAAUGGAACUGAUGGACAGAAGGGCAAACUGGGCCGCAUUGGACCUCCAGGUUGCAAGGGAGACCCAGGAAGUCGGGGCCCUGACGGAUACCCUGGAGAAGCUGGAAGCCCAGGCGAGCAAGGAGACCAAGGUGCCAAGGGGGACGCUGGCCGCCCAGGACGCAGGGGACCACCAGGAGAUCCUGGAGAUAAGGGAAGCAAGGGAUACCAAGGCAACAACGGAGCUCCUGGAAGUCCCGGAGUGAAAGGAGGCAAGGGAGCACCUGGCCCCCGUGGACCAAAAGGAGAACCCGGACGCAGGGGAGAUCCUGGAACCAAGGGCGGCCCAGGCAGUGACGGUCCAAAGGGGGAGAAGGGAGACCCUGGUCCUGAGGGGCCCCGAGGCCUGGCUGGAGAAGUUGGCAGCAAAGGAGCCAAGGGAGACAGAGGUUUACCUGGACCCAGAGGUCCCCAGGGCGCUAUUGGGGAGCCCGGAAAACAGGGAUCUCGAGGAGACCCUGGUGAUGCUGGACCCCGUGGAGAUUCAGGACAGCCAGGUCCCAAGGGAGAUCCUGGAAGGCCUGGAUUCAGCUACCCAGGACCCCGAGGAACACCCGGUGAAAAAGGAGAGCCCGGCCCACCAGGCCCUGAGGGAGGCCGAGGAGACUUUGGCCUGAAAGGAGCACCUGGAAGGAAGGGAGACAAAGGCGAGCCAGCUGAUCCUGGUCCCCCUGGUGAACCUGGACCUCGAGGACCAAGAGGAAUCCCAGGACCUGAAGGAGAACCUGGCCCUCCUGGAGACCCUGGUCUCACGGAAUGUGACGUCAUGACCUAUGUGAGGGAAACCUGCGGGUGCUGCGACUGUGAGAAGCGUUGUGGUGCCCUGGAUGUGGUCUUCGUCAUUGACAGCUCUGAGAGUAUUGGCUACACCAACUUCACCUUGGAAAAGAACUUCGUCAUCAAUGUGGUCAACAGGCUAGGCGCCAUUGCCAAGGACCCCAAGUCUGAGACAGGCACACGUGUGGGUGUGGUGCAGUACAGCCACGAGGGCACUUUUGAGGCCAUCCGUCUGGACGACGAACGAGUCAACUCCCUAUCCAGUUUCAAGGAGGCUGUCAAAAACCUCGAGUGGAUUGCCGGUGGCACCUGGACGCCCUCUGCCCUCAAGUUCGCCUACAAUCAGCUCAUCAAGGAGAGCCGGCGCCAGAAGACCCGGGUGUUCGCAGUGGUCAUCACAGAUGGGCGCCACGACCCCCGCGAUGAUGACCUCAAUCUCCGGGCCCUGUGUGACCGAGAUGUCACCGUGACAGCCAUCGGCAUUGGUGACAUGUUCCAUGAGACGCACGAGAGUGAAAACCUCUACUCCAUCGCCUGUGACAAGCCGCAGCAGGUGCGCAACAUGACACUGUUCUCUGACCUGGUGGCUGAGAAGUUCAUCGAUGACAUGGAAGAUGUCCUUUGCCCAGAUCCCCAGAUCGUGUGUCCAGAACUUCCCUGCCAAACAGAUGAACCAUGGCCUGGCAGCAAGCCCCCGGUCACCUUCCUCCGCACGGAAGAGGGUCCGGACCCUACCUUCCCCAAGACCAUCCCCCUGAUCCAGCAAUUGCUAAACGCCACGGAGUUCACUCAGAACCCAUCUGCCUACUCCCAGCUGGUGGCUGUGAUGGUCUACACCGCCGAGAGGGCCAAGUUCUCCACAGGGGUCGAGCGGCAGGACUGGAUGCAGCUGUUUAUUGACACCUUUAAGCUGGUGCACAGGGAUAUCACAGGGGACCCAGAGAGUGCCCUGACACUCUGCUAAAGCCCCGGGGUUCACCAUGAGCAGACAGCCCGAGCUAACCCCUCAAUUCUUAUAGCUUCCCAGGGCUACCACCAUAAGCUUAGGCCUUAGGCAAUGGGGACCUGCCCUCCUAGUCCUGAGGCCAGAGUCUAAGUCUUUACCAUUAUUCUCUCUGGAGGGCCCCUCCUACUCCCUCCAGCCGCUGGCAGAGCUGCCAUCCUUAGCUUAUGGGCAUACUACUCCACUGUCACUUCCGUCUUCCCAUAGCCUCUCUUGUGUCUGUGUCCCCUCCUCUUUUGUUCCCCUCGCUCCUGUUUUUUUUUUUAAACAAGGACAUCAAUGAUUGGAUUGAAGGCCCACCUUAAACCCCAGAAGUUUACAUCUGGCAAAGGACUAUAAAGGGCAUUAAUAUUGAGGUUCUUGAGAUGUAAACUUCUGGGAAUCUUUCGGCUGAGCACACCGCCUCAGUCAACCUGAGCUAUCCUGUGUUUGAAAGCACAGACUGGGAUGGGGUGCCAUCUGAGUGCUUGGGAAGGUCCCCUCCUUUCCUGCUUUUGAUUUGGUGUUCAUGUUUGGUGGCAGGUAUGUGUUUAUGGCCUGCAAAACCAUAGGGAUGUAACAAGGGCCUUAAAAUACCUCCGCCUCUGUCAUGCCCAAUAAAUCAAAGUACCAGAGGUACCAGAGCAGGUCUGCCAGUGUGCCCCCAACACCUGCAUGCCCAGCCAGGUCUCUGGAUGUAUGAAGGCAUCAUGAGAGUAUCCAAAAGGCAGGGCUUUUGAUACCCUCAGUCACGUGACCGAGAACCAUAAAGGCAUCCUCUCCCCAGUGUGAGGACUGGGCUCAAGGGACCUUGUCAGGCUGGACUAAUGUCCCGUUCCUGUCUGUGCCCCUCUAGCCCAGGCUGAGACUUAUCCUCCUGGGAGGAUGGCAUCCCUCUCUGUUGUGAGGUCACAGAAAGGACCCCCACAGACAUGGAACACAGAAAUCCCCGAGUCCCCAAACUCCCAAUCACAAAUGGAUCUUCACCAGCCUUUCCUGGUUUCCCCCAGGCCCUAUUGAUGUUGAUGUUAAGAAAAAAAAGUCCCCAAGCCAACCACCCCUACUGUAUGUCUGCCUCUGAGUUUGCGGUAGUAGCUGUGAGGGUGCCUGUCAGUUAUGAGGAGCUAAGAAGUCCAGUUGUCUCCCAGAAACAAGUUUCUAGACACUCUGAGCAGAUCUGAGCAGAUCCCAGGGAUGGUGAAGGGACAAUAAAUAAGUUAUGUGACUAGCAAGCUCUGUAAAAGGACAGACCCUAUCUGCAGGCACUCCCUGGCUCAGGGCUCAGUCUCAGGGGGAGUGAGCCAUGUUAAACAUGUUAUAAAAAGAUGAAACCUGUAACUUAA